AUGAUUUUCAAGUUUCAACUGGUAUUCAACAUAGUAGGUAGUUAUGAUGAUGAUAUUAAAAUAAACAAUUCACUGCAUAUAUUAUUUAUUCAAUGUCGAACAGCACAAAAUUGUAAUGAAUGGACACAACAUUUAUUAAAUUUAACUGAACAAGUAAAAGAUUUUGUCAAUGAAACACGAAAUCGAUUCAAUUCAUAUGCACCUAUUCGAGAAACUUAA